AUGUCGGACCUGUCCCCGAUAUUAACUGAUUUUUAUGCAGACCACAAUAAUCAUCGCUGGCUUGUCUCGCAUGAUCCAGUUUUAUGUUGUACUAUCUUGAUGAUAUCCUCUCGUUAUCACCUGUUGCCAGGUGCAGGUGGUGGGUCAAGAAACUUUUUCAUUCAUCAUCGGCUUUGGCAGCAUUGUCAGCAACUGGUCAUGCGGCUUAUGUUCGGACAGGAGAAAUCUUCGCAGUCCAAGGUUCGAAACAUAGGGACGAUCGAGGCUCUCAUGUUAAUGUCAGAAUGGCACCCUCGAUCCCUCCAUUUCCCUCCAGAAAGCGAUGGCUGGGACUUUGAUCUUACGUCAGUUCCCCCGGAGCCGCAAGAGCUUGAGGAUUCGUCCUCUACAAAUCGAUGGUUGGAGGACAUGAUCGAGCCAGCACGAAGAUCAGACCAGAUGUCUUGGAUGCUACUGGGUUCAGCUUUGUCUCUUGCGCACGAACUGGGGAUUUUCGAACUUGACGAGAAGAAGUUGGGUUAUGCGUCUGGUUACGAGGGAUUUAUAUCUGGCGAACAGAUCAAACUCCGCAGGCAGCGGGUGCAGCGGCUGUUAUACGUGUACAUCAACCAACUGGCAUGGCGAAUAGGUUGCGUAUCGCUUAUGCCGCAAAGUCUGAACCAUGCUAUUCUAGGGCGGCGGGCAACUAAAGAGCUAAAUCAAACCGGCGAUGAAUGGCUGAUUUUCAUGGAUUCCUGGAUGGAUCUGACAAAACUGGCAAAAUCGGUCACUGAUAUGUUCUUUCCGACCGUCUCGUUUGCCAGACAGCAACUGCAUAGUGGACGGUAUAUUGAAUUGCUGGAUCAUUUUCGUCCGAUACUGGACAAAUGGAAGGAAGAACAUCUUCAAGUACGAUUACUUUGA